AGCAAUAUGUGAAGAUGAAGCAAAGCUCAUCUAGCAAUUGUUAGUGUACUCAGGAUUACAGGACUGCAUAAAGCCUGCAAAUUCAGCUAUAUUCCUGUGGUGUAAAUGUUCAGUUUAUUGUCACAUACUCAGUUGAUAUUUUAUGAUGUUCAGGACCUCAAGUGUGACAAGUUAGUAGUUCAUUAAUUAUUUUUGCCUGGGUUGCCUGUUGACUGCUGCUGGCAGUGAUGGAUUUGAGUAUCAGCAGUAGCAGCACAAACAGUGGUGCUGCAAGUGGUACCGGUGUUCUGACUGACUUGCCCACCAUGGAGGGCACCAUAUCACCUGGUCCUUCUCUGACCAGCGAGUCUCCCUUGGCUGCCCUCAACUCCCUCACAAGCUCUGUGUCAGCGUCUGUUGGGAGACACCACAACUCUGCAGCUACCACUGCUUCUCUUCCCAACCCUACCACCCACACAAACAAUAAUAACUCUGACAACACUACUAACAGUAAUAACAAUAUCAGUGCUAACAGCAGUACUAGUAAUACCAACAGGAGCAGUACACAUGAGAGUGCAAUGGCUCUCAAUAGUAUCAAUAAUCCCUCAGCUGUUCUGCUCAACAGUGAUAAAUUAGGUAAAACUCAUUCAAGUUGGUCCUCUAGUGACCCAAGUGAUAAUAGCAAUAGAACUUCUUCUUCAAGUAGGUCUAUAAAUAUUAAUAAUUUUUCUAGUUCUCUGGGUAAUAGCACUCAUUUAGAACAGAUAAGCCCCCCUAGCACCUCUUCUCCUAGUAAUACUAUCAACAAAAUGAACACCAACUGCAGCCGUCCCAGCAGCAGAUGUUCUACAGAAGGCAAUGAAGCUUCCAUUGAUCUCACACGCCCCUCUUUGACAAGAAAAAGAAAUCGUGAAGAUGAUUGGUCGGGCCCGAACUCCGUGAACGGUAAUGCCGGUAUUGAAGAAACGCCACCUGGACCCCAAACCUCCCGACGCAAGCUGAAUACCAGCAACCCCACAUACCAAAGCAAUGGCCUGAGUAACGGAAGCCUUACUAACGGCGACGACAACGUCUUGGACGAGGACGACGAAGACCUGGAUGCUGGUGACGAUCUUUCCUCGCCUAAAUGGAACGGUGGCAAGAACGGCGAAAUCGGCGGCAAAGACGACAUGGACCCCGAGGAAUCGUUCAAGGACCUGAGUCCUGAGGAACUGGCCAAGAGGAAGGAGAUGGUCAACAGACUACAGGUGCAGCUCCGCACUGAGGAAAUGAAACUUGUGCUCCUAAAGAAGCUCAAAAUUUCUCAGCAAAUGCUGAAAGAGAGCCUCCCCAACUGCGACACCAAAGCCGCUCUCAUCAAACUUCCUGCCAACACAACAGCCAUCAAACUCCCGCCAUCCACACCUUCUCAGCUCCACAAUCAUCACAAACAAGAGUCUUCGUCUUCUAAGGUAUCCUCUCAAUCGACGUGCAUUAGCAGCAGCAGCAGCAGUAACAAGGUUCAGAUCUGCAGCACCAAUUCCCAGUCGCAACGUAAUGGCAGUAGCAGCAGCAGCAGCGGUAGCAGCGUCAAGACACCUAGCGUAUCGCCCUCUCUGUCACCUACGGCACUACAGGCGCAGAGGCAUCUUCUUGCUAGAGGAACGACCCUAACGAGCACGGUAGGCGGUACGAGCAGUAAGCCAGGGAGUCCGUCCCUGCUGCCACCAUCUCAGUCGUGUUCCUCAUCCAGCAUGGGGUUGCCUGCGUCCCUCAACCUCCCCUUCAACCUCUCCCGCGAAGUCGAAAUUAUCAGAAAAGAUUCUCCUUCAGCCAGUCCGCGUGACUCUCCGUCACACCACUCCAAGGUAAGCAGCAGCAGCCUACAGAACAACAGCAGCAGCAGUGCAGCGGCACACAGCAGCAGAAGUAGCGGCAACAGCAGCAGCGGUGCAGCAGGUGCUGCUGAUGACGGCCUCAGCGGCGGUGGCCAAACUCCAGCACAAAGACAAGCUGCCGCUCGACUCGCCCUCAGGAAGCAGCUCGAGAAAACGCUGCUAAGAAUUCCUCCACCGAAACCUCCUCCUCCCGAGAUGCAUUUCAUUCCGAACCCAAGCAACAACGAGUUCUUGUACCUGGUGGGCCUCGAGAUGUCCGUUAAUAGGAUCCUGCAUAACAAUACCAAGGAACCGGUGGAACAGCAACCCACGCCCUUCAUUUGUUCCCAGUGUGGAACUGACUUCACUCCUGCCUGGAAACUGGAGCCUCAUCCAAUGCUGCGUGAAGGUUCGCCAGACGUUCGUAUCAUGUGCGACGCCUGCGUGACAACCAACAUAAAGAGCGGCCUCAAACAGGAACACACGAACAGACUGAAGGCGGCCUUCAUGAAAGCUCUGCAACAGGAACAAGAGAUAGAACAGAGACUUGCUGCACAGAGCUCGUGGGAGAAUGAAAAUAGGAGACAACAGCAGCAGCAACAACAGCAGCAGCAGCAACAACAACAGCAACAGCAGCAGCAGUUACAGCAACAAUAUCGUUCUAGCAGCAGCCGCAGUCAUCACUCCUCUCAUCACAAACGCUCUGAGCUCACGCUCGAGAAGGUAAACGUUUCCGACAACAGCAACAACAACAGCAGCAAUUUGCAUCGGAGCAGCACCCCCAGCGUAUCUGUGACGUCCAUCAAAGACCUGCAACGUCAGCAGCAACCUCACCACAGCAGCAGCCGCAGCAGCAGCAGCAGCAACAAUAACAGCAAUGCGAUCUCCGCGUCUAUAGCUUCAAUAAGUCGCCAACAUGAAUUGAUGCUACAGCAGCAGCGCAGAGAACGCGAGAGAGAAAUCGAAAGAGAAAGAGAGCGGGAGCGUGAACGACAAUUACGAGAGAGGGAACGACAGCAAAGAGAACGUGACUUGGAACGAGAGAGGGAGAGAGAACGAGAAAGAGAGUACAGAGCAGAAAAAGAGCGUCGGGAGCGAGAAAGAGAAAGGGAUCAAAGAGAAAAAGACAUGUACUUGCCGCCGGGUUUAACAAAGCAGCAGAAGGAGCAGUUCAUGGCCAGCAUGAGCACUGCAGCAGCUAUGGCGCAGGCCAUGAGCAGUCCUGCAGCUCUGCAGCAGAUGCAGGCCGCCCAGCAGCAGCUGCUAAGGAUGCAAGGCUUGGGUGGAGCGGGCACCCCUCAGAUAACUCCUCACUUACUGGCUCCGUACUUGCUGGGCCAUUACAAUCCUUUUAAUCUGCAACUGCAGCAGCUAAUGGCGGCACAGCUUGGUGCUGCAAUACAGCAGCAAGGUGCUAAUGCUGCAGCCGCUGCUGCUGCCGCUGCCAGUGGUGGUGGCGGUGCAGCAGCAGCGGCUGCUGCGGCCGCUGCUGCUGCUGCCGCUGCUGCUUUAGUUGGUGGUGUUGCAGGCGGAAGUGGUAGCAGUAGCAGCAGCAAUAGUAGCAGUACGCAGCAGCAACAACAGCAGCAGCAGAACCUUGCAGUUCAGCAUGAGUUUAUGCGGCAGCGGCAGUAUCUGCUGGACAUGAUACCAUCAGCCGGGCUUCAGGCUGCCGCGGCCGCGCAGCACGCGUCUGCUCAGGGCGGCAGCAGCAGCAGCGGCGGUCACUCUUCUGGCAGCAGCAGUAAAUGGAAGAGUUGAACCAAGCCUCGCAGUAGUCAGCUCAACAACUUGUAACAUUUAAAUCUAUUACUAUGACUAAACUACUAUUACUAUAGCUAGACUUUUAUUUACUAGACUCCUUGAUGCGACAUUUUUACUACCUUGUCAUUUUAUUCAUUUCGUCUCAUGGUAUCACAUUUAAAGACGCCAUUUUAUCAAAUUUCCUUCAGCAGCUGUCCUGAAAAAUUUGUGAGUUUUUUCAAUAAUUGUGCAUUUCUAUUUCUGCGAGAUACUUUCGUUUAUCCAACGCCUUCUAAAUUUUCACAUAACAUAUCUCUGGCUUUCAUCAUUUGCGAUUGCGGGCAAUGUUUUUCUAGAGCCCCAUUAUUUUUGCUAUUCGUUGAUUGACGCAUUGGUCAUUCUUUGUGGCCUCGGUUCAAGAAGAACUUAGAGGUUUUGUUGUGUGAAUGCACUUUUAAAACAUCUCAUGAAUGUUCCGUUUCGGUGGAAGGGAAUUAUUAGAUUUACUGAGUAACUUUACAUUAAUGUCUAACUUCCAUUAUUUCGUUUAAACUGUUCUUACCAUUAUUAAAAGCGCUGAAUUUAUUGCUUACCCAUUUAUCAUAUUUUGCUGCACAAAUUUUGACCCUUCAUGAUUUUGGCAACUAAUUAUCAUCGCAUUUUUCGUAUCCCCUCAGGACUGAACGGUAUGAAUCUGUUUACAAUUAAAUGAGUCAAUUCAGCAACAUUUUUUUUACUCUAUUUUUAUUUCUAAAACUCAACUUUUAAGACUUCCAAGGAAGCUUGUGGCGGUGUAUGCAUGGGUUCUUGUUUUAUCAAGUCAGUUGUUUCUGUGCUAACAACAUGAAAUUACUGAUUGAAUCUGACCACCAUGUUAACUUUAUUAGUACCGCAACUUUAUUUUCCUUUGGGAAUUCAGCACUGCCAAUCGGGUUUUUUGUUCCUUUCUUUGGUUAUGGGUUUCUCGCUCCGUUUUUUUUUCGUGCAUUAAUCAUAGUUCUGAUGCACAAUAGGAAUGAAACGUAUUUCGCUAUUCUUCCUUUAGCUGAAACCGUGAACUGGUUGCGGUUACAAACACCGUCAUCGGAAUAGCUUGCAUUUUAAUUUGCUGUUGACACUUAGGCUGUUUUUGCUAUUAACCGUGUAGUGGAUCUCGUACGAAGUAGCAAUAAUGCUGGCAUAACUUUAAAUUGAAAUUGCCUCGUCUUGCUAUACAUUAAAACCGAAAAAUAAUUGUUGCGCUCCUCUUGCCAGUUGAAUUCUGUAAUUAUAAUUAUUUAAUCGUUAAACUAUAUUUUUGCUAUUGUUAUUUUUUGUGCAUAUUGAUCCUGUGUCUGGUAUCAUUCUCACUCAUAGUAUUUCUUAGUUAGCAUGAACGUAACCGUGGUUUUCAACAUUGAGGAUUAUUAAACAAGGCUUCAUUGUGGGAUUUCCGAUCUUACUCGGUCACGGCAUUGCGCUCUGUAAACGACAUGGAUGCUUUAGGUCUUGUAAUUAAUUGGUUUUUAAUGUCAUUUCUGGAUAGUUAAAUCAGAGAGUCGUCAUCUUGAACGUAUUGAAAUUCGAUCAUUUAUUGCUUGUGAGGACAAAUUUACCCUGUCCUUGGUAAUAUUUUUUAGCCAUAGCUUAUAAGUUACAGUAUUGAGCUGCAACAUGGACGAUAAUCUUCAUGCUUGAACUUAUGCAGGACAGAUAAUGCCGAGUGAAAGUCGUUAUGAACUUUAUUGCGGUAUGUUAAUGCGUUUAAUGCUAUGGCUAUGGGCUGGGGUUUAAAUUUACUGCCAGAAAUAAAUGAUACUGUUAACUAGAUCAACCACCCGCUAUAAGUGAACAAAACGAGCAAUGCCAGCAAAGAACAAGAAAUAAAUUUGUUCUUUUUUAUUUGUAGCGCUGCUUAUUGUCAUUACAUUGGCAAACUUUCGUACUAACACCAUGUAAACCUCUAUUGAAAAUAAUUCCUAUUACCCAUUUUAUUUCCGACUUUUUCAUCCAUAUUUUAGCCGUGAUUGGUUCAAAAUUAUUUAAAUUCUUGAACUGAAAAUUCUGGAGGUAAGGAAAACGUUUUGUGAUCAAAACUUGUUACUCGCUAACCUGUACAAAUUUGCAUAGAGUGAAAUCUGUGUCUCUGGAAAUCGACUAAGGUGUUGUACAUUCUGGUUUGUUUACAUCAACGAGGCGACGAAGGAGGCAAGUCUCUGUUGAAUACGAGCGCAUCUGAUGAAUUUCUUGUGGUAUGACCCUAACAAAAUUUAAAGUCGCCCCAGCUUCUGGUAAUCCAAAUCAGAAGCUGCCGCGUCUGUAAAUUUUCACUGGGGAUGUACUCGAUGGCAGAUUUUGCUGCGCUUCUUGUGAAGCUUGUCUAAAUCUGUGUCAGUCUUGCUCUGUGUAUCCUUUCUUACUGUACAUAGUGACCAAAUUUGUAAGAUAUUGUACAGUGACAACGGAAUGGUAUCUUUUAAGGUUUAGCUAUCGCCUGAAUUCGAAGUUUCAGCUGUGAGCAAUUAUGGUGUUAAAAUUCCUCUGUAAUGAACAGUUUCUUCUGUUACUGUCCAACAUGGAAUUAUACCGAGUACCGUACGCUAUUUGUCUGGAGUAAAUUUCUCUUCGUAUUUUAACUCGUACAUCUUAAAUUAUAUUUCGACUUUUGAGACCACUAAAUUAUAUGUAUACAUAACUUGAUUAUUUGCAUUUUAUAAACUCGGCGUCGAGUUUUUAUCCUGUGCUUAUCAUUUUAUUUGUCUGAUGAUAAUUUAUCAUUGUUUUAACUUGAGGUUAUUAGUUGAUUAUGGGUUCUAAUUUGCUGUAGCACUUGUUCUUGUUUACUUCAAUUUUCACGACGUGUUGAAUUGGAACUUGAGUGUGCAAGAAUGAAAUCGAUGGUAAUGCUAUGCUGUCUGGCUGUUUUAUUGCAGAUUUAACCUCUCACUUUUUCUUUUGGAGGAAACUUUCAAUUGGGGCUUGCAGUUGUCUUGCUAAAAUUAAGUAAUUUCUCACUUUUGCAUUCAUUAAAACGUGAGAUUUUCAAAUGCACAAAAGCUUUGAAAUCUUUCUAUAUUUUCUCUACGUUCCGAAGAUGGAUAUUCGUCUCGCGUUUAGUUAGCAACAUGUUAUUUUAUUUCAAGUACUAAUCUGUUUGCUUUUAUUUUCAGAAAUAAUUGAAAAAUAGCGCGUAAAUUUUAAGUUUCCGGUACACGAUGGAAUUAGUUUUGUUGUAGUGCUUAUAUUUAUUAAUAAUUCCAUUUGAAAUUGUAGUUGUAAUAUCAGCGUUUUUGUUAUGUUAAUAUUACCGGGCGUUCUUUCAUACGUGUCAGGGCCUCCCUGGACCAACUGUCCUAGUACGAGUGAUUGAUUUAUGAGCGAUUUUCUCUGAAUUAUAAGUGAUACCCUGUCGCGUUGUUUACCCAAGUUCAAUUCUUGUACAAUUUCCGUGGUUUGUUCUACUGUAAAUUGAUGAGCUAUUUCUAAAUAAAAUUUUAUAUCAAUAUAUUUCCCUGAAAGCGGAGAUAGUGCUAACAAUUAUAUUUAUAGACAGUCUUUCUUAUAAUUUAAUUUGAUAUUUAGUUUGUUGGAAAUUUUAUCACGCAAAAAUUUCUGUUCCAAAGAAUGGCUGCGGAAUUUCUCCCAAACCAUCAAUAUAACCGACUAGCUUCCAUGUUCUUAAAUGCCACAAUUUUGAGCACCGUUUCUAUUUAUGUGUUAUCAUGCAUUUUUCCAUAUUUGGCAGAAUUUAGUGAGGAAUAUGUAAUAAAGGGCUGACUCACUCUCCCACUCGUGACCCAUCAAUCAUCUCAAGUGACUUCUUCUUACCAAAUUUAAUUCAGUUUGUAAGCACUGCAACUCUCAUAUGUCGUGAAUGAAGCCUUGUCGUUUGAUGCAUCGAAAACCCAUCCCCGCACUACCUGCUGAAUCUGACGCACGCAUCGCAUCAAAGUAUUUGCUGCUGGAAGUCAUUUUUCUCGAUUUACUGUAAAAAAUUUAUUUGCAUUUUGAAUUUGGGGUCUGGUGACCUUGAAAAAGAACAUUCAGUUAACUGCCACUCGUCAAGUGUUCGCGAUAGGAAGAUAAUGUUGCUACCGUAACCGCAUGCGUGAGCAUGUGAGUGUGACCCUUCUUCAUUCCGCCGAGCAUGCGUGUUGCCUAGGGAUUAAUGGGUUAUGAAUAAUAACUUGAAACGUGCUUUUCUUUUGAAUACUCGACUUCAUUGUGGGCCUUCUCGGUUAGGCUUAGUCGUGUGUGUGUGGUGCAGAGCUGUGGUGCGAACGAGCUCCUCUAUCGUGUUACCUUCUACUAGGCUUGUAUCCAAGCUCCUCUAUAGUAUUGUAGCUGUUAGUAGUAUGAUGUUCGCGCGGAAAUGUUCAUAAGAUAGCAGGUAAAUAGCUGACAAUGUAGAUACACCGUGCAUUUAAUCUUAUAAUGGUAGGGGCAGUUCAUGGUUUUUCGUGUGUGAGAGAGCAAGCGUUGAACGGAUAACUUUUUCUAAUUGUGACCAAAAUGUUGAAAUCUUUAAUAAAACUCCUAAACUACA